AUGGUUGAUUGGGUACUCAUUUAUCGCACAAUAUCAAUCAAACUCAUCCAAUCCAACGUCACCGACACCAACUGCUUCAUCCAACAGCUGAUCAAGAACAAGAAACUCGUCAACCCAUUCAUCCAGCGGUGCUUAGAAGAUUGUUUUGAUCUGUACUCUGAUGCGAUUCCUUCUGUGGAGCAGGCGAUGGAGAAUUAUGAUUUGGAGAGAUUUGUGGAUGCGAAUGUGGAAUUGAGUUCGGUUAUGGACGCUGCUACGACUUGUGAAGAUGGGUUUAAAGAGAAGAGAGGGGUUGUUUCGCCAUUGACGAAGAGGAAUGGUGAUACUUUCGAGCUCUCUGCAAUGGCGCUUUCUAUUAUGGGUCUACAGAUUCACAAACUCAAACAGGAAAGGAAGCCCAGUUGUUUCUUUAAAUGAUCUCCAAUACCGCAUGUGGGGAGUUCGAGUUCCAUUUGCUCAUCGACUUUUGUCUAAAUUCACACUAUUUUGUCUGUUUAAAUAUAAUUACGGAAUGAAAAUGAAUUGUUUAGA